AUGUCAUGGGUUUGGCUUCCGAGGGCAAGCACUGAGUAUGAGGAAGGUGCACAUGCUUUUGUGUAUGCAUCGGCAAAGAGAUUGGGGAAUCCUCUGCAGAUGUUCUGUCCUUGUAUCGAUUUUCGGAACGUGUGUCAUCAAACCAUAAGCACAGUACUGGAUCAUUUGGUAAUUAAAGGAAUGGAUCACAAGUACAAGAGAAAUUCUUGUUGGAGUAUCCAUGGAGAGAUGAGGACUGAGAAAACAGUUGAUGAUCAACGUCCUGAGUUAAAAACAUAUGAGUUGUUUAGAUCUGCCUUCUUUGACAAUGAAGAUAAUUCAGAAUCUUCGAAUAAGGAUGGAGAACAGCCUGAAGUUGUUGGAAGUGAAGAAGAACUUCAGUUUAAGAAGAAAUUAGAGGAUGCAGAAACUCCUAUAUACCUGGAAUGCAAAAAAUACACCAAAGUUGCAGCAAUUAUGGGUCUCUACCGCAUCAAAGUUAAGAGUGCGAUUUCUGAGAAUUACUUUGAUCAGCUUUUAAGUAUGGUUCAUGACAUGCUUCCCAACGGUAAUGUGCUUCCAACAUCAACAUCUGAGAUAAAGAAGUUCUUGAAGAUAUUUUGUUUUGGAUAUGAUGUCAUCCAUGCGUGUAAGAAUGACUGCAUUCUUUACUGGAAAGAGUACGAGGAGAUGAGUAGCUGCCCAAGAUGUUGGGCUUCAAGAUGGGAGGUUGAUAAGCAUUCUGGUGAGACAAAGAAUGGGAUUCCAGCAAAGAUACUCAGGUAUUUCCCUAUAAAAGAAAGAUUCAAGAGGAUGUUUAGAUCGGAGAUGAUGUCUAAGAAUUUGCAAUGGCAUUUCAGUAACGCUUCUGAAGAUGGAACAAUGAGACACCCGGUUGACUCAUUGACUUGGGCUCAGGUCAAUGCUAGAUGGCCACUUUUCGCAGCUGAACCAAGAAACCUAAGACUUGGUAUAUCUACAGAUGGGAUGAACCUGUUUUAUAUCCAAAAUACCAAGUAUAGCACCUGGCCAGUCUUGUUAGUGAACUACAAUAUGCCUCCCACGAUGUGUAUGAAGUCAGAGAACAUAAUGGUAACCCUUCUGAUACCUGGACCAACUGCACCAAGUAACAACAUCGAUGUUUAUCUUGCUCCUUUGAUUGAUGAUCUGAAUGAUUUGUGUAAUGAAGGUAUCCAGAUAUAUGACGCAUUAUCCAAGAAGAAUUUCACACUUAAGGCUAUACUAUUGUGGACUAUCAGCGACUAUCCAGUUUUGGGGACCUUGUCAGGUUGCAAAGUAAAAGGGAAACAAGGAUGUAAUGUAUGUGGGAAGGAUACACCUUGUAGGUGGUUGAAGUUUAGUCGCAAGUACGUCUAUUUGGGAAAUAGGAAACGACUCAGGCCUGGUCAUCCUUACCGAUGCCGAAGAGUUUGGUUUGACAACACUAUGGAGGAAGGGACUACUAAUAGAAUUCAAACAGGAGCUGAAAUAUUUGAGCUGCUUAAGGAUUAUAAGAAUGAGUUUGGGAAACCUUUGGAGAAGAAAAGCAAAAGGAAAAGAUCAGGUUUGUGUGAUGUUGAGGAGCUUACCCAUGAAGAAUAUGAAGAAGACUUUGAUCAAUGGAGGUGGAAGAAAUGUUCUAUUCUAUUUGAUUUACCUUACUGGAAGUUAGGAUAUGCCGUCAAAGAUGGUGUGAAAGCACAACAAGAUUUAGAGGACAUAGGGGUUCGAAGUAACUUACACACUCAACUACGUGGGAAGAAAACGUAUUUACCCCCAGCUGCUUAUUGGCUAAGCAAGGAAGAGAAGAAGAGAUUCUGCAAGAGGUUAUCUGAAUUCAGAGGACCAGAUGGCUACUGUGCGAACAUUGCAAACUGUGUCUCACUUGAUCCUCCUCUGAUUGGUGGUCUGAAGUUUCAUGAUCAUCAUGUUCUUCUGCAGAACUUGUUACCAGUUGCAUUGAGAGGGUUGCUGCCAAAAGGACCUAGGACUGCAGUUACUAGAUUAUGCAACUUCUUUAGUAGACUAUGUCAGCGUGUAAUUGACCCAGAGAAGCUAAUAACAAUGGAGUCUGAGCUUGUGGAGACAAUGUGCCAAAUGGAGAGGUUUUUUUCUCCAUCUCAUUUUGAUAUAAUGUUCCAUCUCCCUAUACAUCUAGCUAGAGAAGCUCGUUUGGGUGGCCCGGUACACUUUAGAUGGAUGUAUCCAUUUGAAAGGUACAUGAAAACACUGAAAUCGUAUGUUAAGAACUUCGCAAGGCCAGAAGCAUGUAUGGCAGAGGGUUACUUGGCAGCUGAAUGUAUUGCUUUUUGCUUGGAGUUUCUCAAAACAUUUGUACCAGUUCUAGAGUCUGCAAAUCGUAAUGAAGAUGUUGAUUUGGAUGAGCAUAUACUUGAAGGGCGUCCAAUUCAUAAGGCUGCAGAAGUUACACUAUCUGAUAAAGAGCUUGACAUUGCUCACAGAUAUGUGUUAAUGAACACGGCAGUUGUAAAUCCAUAUGUCGAAAUGCAUCUUGAAGAUUUACAAGAUAAGGACGUCCGUUGCAGAUGGAAUCAAACUCUUUUGUGGAAAAUCCCUAUUAAUUCAAAAGAGCAUUCGACCAAGCUAAGAUGGUUAGCAUUUGGUCCAAGACAUAAUGCUCAAACCUAUAAUGGCUAUAUCAUCAAUGGACAUCGUUUUCACACCGAAUGCUUAAAGCGGAAGACUCAGAACAGUGGAGUAGCAUAUGAAGCUUUUUCUAUGUGUAGAUCAAGUGUGAAAGAUACCAAUCACGUGUCAGAUGUAGUUUCCUACUUUGGAGUGAUACAAGAGAUAAUAUUGUUGGACUACCACAUGUUCCAGGUUCCAUUAUUCAAGUGUAAGUGGGCCAACAAAGGGAAUGGUCUCAAGGAAGAAGAUGGCUUUAUGCUUGUGAACUUCAGCGUUAACCAAGCAGCAUUUCUCCAAGAUCCAUACAUUAUGCCUUCUCAAGCAAAACAAGUGUUUUACUCCAAAGAAAAUGACUCAUCAAAUUGGAGUGUUGUUAUGAGGGCACCGCCAAGAGGGUAUCAUGAGUUAGAAACCGAAGAAGAGUUCGUAGCUGCGCCAAUAUCCAUCGAAGACAAUGAUGAUUUGGGGAAUGAAUCUUCUGAUGAUGAUAGUUUCUGCGUUAGGGCUGAUUGUGAUGGGGUCCUAGUACUUGAAUAA